CGUCACGUAUCACCGUAGAUUUGACAACUGCAAAGACUCAUUUCAAGUUUGCUUUUUUGACUUUUUCGUGCAAAAGUAGGCCUUGUCCAGUAGGGUGUGGUUUGGUCAUGGCAGGGGAAGAUAACCAAGGAGAGAACCCCUGUCCCUUACGAGCAGGCAGAUCUCUCCACCAGGCCUUUGUGCGCUUUGUCAACAGAAGUCGUAGGCGAGUGGACAUAAUCUGGUUGAACUAUGAGGGGUUUGGCAUGAAGUACAAGACACUGCUGUCAUGUCAGUUUGUCGAUGUGAACACAUUUGUUGGCCACCCGUGGAUAUUCAGGGAUGCUGACUCUGGGGACAGAAUGGUUGUACAGUUGAAGGAAGUGUUUGAGCCAACAAGCUGGAGUAGUGAAGGGGGAGGCCCUCCACAAAGGAAGGUGGUUUAUAUCACAAUACCAGUAUUUUCCCUGCGUGAACGCUGCAUGCAGAUCGUGCGAGGCCAUGUGAAUCAGGACAGUCUGGACCAACUAGAUCUGCCAGUUACACUGAUUAGAGACUUAAAGAUGUCUGCACGACCACAGCAUCCCACUAACCAACGGCAACAAGUCACCUGAUAAAGGGAGAAAAAUCCCGGGACUGCACUUAUCUGGGUGUUCAAGGAGAGUUAUGGUUCUUGACUGCCAUGCUAGUUGGAGAUGUGUAUCCGGUGAAAUUGGACUUGAGCCCACGAUAACAUCCUUGUUCAGAGACAAGAAGUAGUCAGAAUUUGUGGGCUACAAAUGAGUCUUUAACAAGUUGUACAAGAACACACAAAAUGGUUUUAGAAAAGUUUUCCAUGUGUAUGCGUUUGAAAUUUCUCUGUGAUGCUGAACAGUGACAGUUGCGGUAAUGUGAGAUGAUGCUAAGAAUGUUAAUAACUUGCGUAAUUACACUGUGCAAUGGCUAAAUUAUCGUUGGAAGUCGUCAUGGUUGUGUUGUAAUGUACAUGUAAGCCGCUACAUGUUAAAGCAAACAGGUGCUUGUGAGUGGAGGACAUAAAAGAUUCUUUAAUUUA